AUGACCAAUGAUAUGCUAGUAUCAUUACAGGCACAGCCAAUGGAAACAGAAAUUUUUGAAAAUGUUGAACGCCAAUCAAUGAAUGUAGAACAUGAUGAUCAAAAUAUUAAACACCAAUCAGAGGACGUAAUACCUGAAUUUUCAACAAAAAACUCUAUUAAGAGUUCCACAAAAUUGAACGCUAAAGCCAUACCUUAUACCCAAAAGGAAAAGGAUGAACUGGCAAGAAUUAAUGUGAUCAAGCGUACAGCAUCAGAUAGCAAGGCUCAGCUGGCUAAGAAGAAACAACAAUGUGCUCCUCCAAAAGAAAUACAAUCAGUAAUGACUGGAUAUGAUCCAGUACUCAAGGAUAAUGCUAUAAUGAAAGAUUUACCUAAAAAUAUCACUACUUCAAUGCUUUAUCCCUCAAAUCCUACCCAAUCACCUUUAUCCCAUUUGGAAUGCAAAACUUUCAAGAUAGUUCAGGAGAAAAGUACCUGCAAGAUCAUCAUGUAUUACAAAAAUUGGGUAGAUUUGGAAAAAAUCAUGAAUACUAAGCUGAACUUGCAAGAAUAUGAAGGUGUUUGGACUAGGUACUUCUUGCCUCAACUAUCUAAAAGUCGUAAUCGAUCACUAAAAAGUGACCGUAAUCAAAAGCAGAAUCAAGAUUUGGCUGACAAGGUUGGAUCAAAGACUACAAAUAACAAGAAUUAG